AUUAUUAUUAUUAUUAUUAUUAUUAUUAUUAAAUGUUUGAUCGCGCCACCGUAGGAGUAGGUGGCGGAGGACGAAGAGUAGUGAGAGUUUCGAAAACCCACUAGAGGACUCGGCGUUUUUCGUCUACGGCGCAGAUUUUCUACGCGGUCGAACGCUGAACCAUUUUUAUCACCGUCGUUUUUCUCUUAUCGCACGUUACGCUCUCGACAACCACGGCGGACGUAACAGUAUGCUCUAGGUGCCUGUAAUAAUACUAUAUUAUUAUAUUGUUGUUACGUUCGUUUUGCCGCCGUUGUGUGCGUGUGCAGCGUACGGUUUCGUGUCGCCGCGGGUCCCGAGUCCUGUGAGUGACGGGCUGUGACUUUGGCGGAAACGUCGCCACAGCGUGUGAACCCGCAUUUUUACGAGGAACGUGUCGUUUUGCCGUUGCACCUCCCAUUUGACACGUGCGUGACGCGCGUCUCAUCGGCUCGGCAGACGGCCAGACACUGUACGGCGCGCGCCACCCGGGACACACAAGGACGAGGAAAAUGUCACGGUUUCUCCGUUCGCCGCCGCCGUCAUCGUCGUCGGACGACGCUGUAGUCAAAUCAUCAAUCCAGACCGAGUGAUCGUGAUUCAACAACUCAAAAGUCGGCGAAAAAGAUAACGCAAAAGGCUCCAGUCGCGUUGUUCGACAAUAAAUUAUUAUAAUUCCUGUUAUGUUUUAAAUAAUAUUUAUACCGAUCGUCGUCGCGAGAGCAGAACGUUAUUUCAUUUAUUUCUGUUUCCGACGACACCCCCCGCCUUCUUCACCGAACCAUUACACAGCCAUCCAUCCCACCACCACCCAGCGGUCCGGUCGGUUCGGCGUUUGUAUUUUUCGGGCGGCGUCGCCCACUGCCGCUGGAGAAUCGCGUGCGGGCGCUACGAUUCCCCCCGUGACGCGGCGCGCAACAAGAUGUACGCCACCGCCGCCGCCGCCGCCGCCACCACCGCCGCUGUCGUCACAACGAACGUCGUCAUCGCCACUGCCGGCACCGCCGCCACAGCAGUAGCAAACGUCGCAGUCGAGUGUCGUCGGAGGAGUGCAGCGCCACGCGUUCUCCUCGGUUCGCGAUGAUCCGCGCCGCAGCCGCUGCGUGCGCGCCAUGUGACGCGUGAUCCGGCCGCGCGGUAGUUCACACGGAAAAUAAUAUUAUUGUUUUCGUAUUACAAUAUUUUUAUUACGAUAUCACGUACACGUCAUUCGGUCGAAUCCGUUCGUUUUCGUUGCGUUUCGUAAGAUAACUAACAAAGUACCUAAUAUUCUUCCUACCUAUCAGUAAUUAUUCAGAUAAACAAAGGUCUGCAAGACGCAACUCGUGGUGCUCGACGCUCUUAAUAAUUGUCACACUCGCAUUUUGACUGACAGAUGAAGUACAAACGACCUUUGCUCAAAAAAUGCCGUCCAUGAACGGGUGGUGGAUCGCGUUCGUCUGGCUGUGGUCGCUGUCCGUCGCGACCGCGGCCGUCGAGGAAAAGGUGUGCGGCAGCAUCGACGUGCGCAACAGCGGCGACCGCCUGUCCGCGUUGCACAACUGCACCAUCGUCCAGGGUUCCGUGCAGAUCGUGCUGCUCGAUGCCACCAAACCGUCUGACUUCGACAUCAGCUUCCCGCUGUUGCGCGAGAUCACUCAGUACCUGGUCGUGUACCGCGUGGCCGGCCUGUACAACCUGGGAAAGCUGUUCCCGAACCUGAUGCUGAUCCGUGGCACGCACAGCCCUCAUUUUCCGGGACUGGCGCUCAUGAUCCACGACAACCUCGAUCUCAGGGAGAUCGGACUGUACAGCUUGACCAACAUCACACGGGGUUCCGUGAUCAUUUCGAAAAACCCUAAAUUGUGUCACGCGACAACAAUCGAUUGGGGCCAAAUCGCCAAUGGAGUGAGCAACGACAUUAACGUGAUCAGCAACGACGAACCUAUAAAAUGCAACGGAUGCUCUAAUAUUGGCUGCCCGGGAGACCUGUGCUGGUCACACGACCCCGUCCGGUGUCAGUACGGGAGAUUGAACGGUUGCCAUCCAUUGUGCGCUGGCGGUUGUGAGGAACCGCACUCUGCCAAGCAUUGUUUUGCGUGCACCGCUUACAUGCACAAAGGCGAAUGCAUCAGAGAAUGUCCAUACGGCCUGUACGGUCACAUCAGGUCAUGUUUGACCGCAGAAGAGUGUCAUAGUCUACCGGUGAGCAGAGAGGAAUCGACGCCGGACGAUUUGAACACACACUACAUACCGUUCGAACGCGUUUGUCGCGACGAGUGUCCGUACGGAUUCGAGGUGACAGCGGACAAAAGAAAUUGUACGCUGUGCACGAAAACGAGACACGGACACUGUCAGCGGAACUGUAAUAGUUUCAAGAUCAGCGAUGACAUGCUGAGGAAGAACUACGAAUACCGAUUACACACCAACUGUACAACAAUCAAGUCUCUGGAGAUCGAAGUCAAGUAUGGCACAAGCGAGGAUGUGGAACGUCGACUAGAAGAAUACAUCGGCAAAGUAGAAGUAAUUUUGGAUCAGUUGAAGAUCAUACGGUCGUAUUCGCUGAGCUCUUUGAACUUCUUGCGAAGUCUGUACGAAAUACGCGGUGAAAAUACUGUUAAUAAAAUGGCCUUGGUGAUACGCGGCAAUAAAAAUCUACAAAAACUUUGGACUAACAGUGAAAACGAGACGCGUCCCGUGAAGAUAUUGAACGGCACAGUAUCUUUCCAUUACAAUCCAAAGCUAUGUAUGUCAGAAAUAUAUAAAUUUGGAAAUUUGUCUACACUGCCUGCAUUCUCAGAUAUAGAAGUGUCAGUCAUAUCUAACGGUGAUCAGUUCGCAUGUACUGUUUAUAAUUUACAAGUAGAUACCGUUAAAAUUGAACCACAGUCCAUUGUGUUACAAAUGCACAAACCCGUGGAAGCAGAUCAUUUGGAAAGGUUUCUUGUAUAUUUUAUCGAAGCAUCCAAAUGGAAUGAAACUAUUGAAACAACCGAUUGCGAAGAUUCUAGUUGGAAAAUUGAUGAUAUAAGUUCAAAAAAAGUUUUCAACGACACUGAAAUUUACCAUGUCAUUACAAAUUUAGAACCUAACACGGAGUACAUUUAUUAUGUAAAGACUUACACGAUUUCUUCUAAGACUAGUAUGAGUAGUAUUUUUCGUAGUAAGACACUUCCAUCAAAGCCGUCCGCUCCCCAAUACUUUGCUGCUCAACCAUUGUCCAGUUCUGCAGUAGAACUCACAUGGAAACCUCCUUCACAUCCCCAUGGAAAAUUAGUCAAAUACAUUAUCAAGGGAAUUCAUUUAACCGACGACCAAGCCAUUUUGGAUGAACGUAGCUACUGUAGAAACAAAACGAUCAAUGGUAAUGGCAUAACUCACAAAUCCUCCCAAUCAAUUGUUAAACCGUCUGAUGAUACAUGUGAAAAACAGUGUGAGCCACAAAAAAAUAUUGUUAACAAUAUAUGCAACACUUUUGAACACGGUAUAGACUUGGAUUUGAUUUCAUUGAACAAUCACAGAUACACAUUUGAAUCGUGCAGUAGUAACAUUCUCAAUAUAUUUAUUAAUUCAAAAUGUUUGGCAAUGCAAAACAACGACGACACUAUCUUUCCGAAUAUUAUAAAUGAAAACUGUACAGAAAUGUGGUCAGUCAGUAAUAUAGUGAACAAUGUCACUCAUAAAGAUGGCAGCUCAUCUUAUUUCCAGAUACAAUUAAAUGAAAAUGUUACAUCGUUUAAUCUUAGUAACCUUAGGCAUUAUAGUCAAUAUUUGUUGUCCAUAUUGGUUUGUAGAGAGGUGGUAAAACAAGAAUUAAACCUGAGUAAUAUCAAUGCUUGUAGUCAAGAGACAUUGAUAUCUUUCCGUACUUUGGAAAACAAGCAGGCAGAUAUUAUUGAUAGCGAUAGUGUACAAGAUGAAGUCGUGAACAAUCACACUGUCAUUAUAUCUUGGGAGCCGCCAAUUCUGAUAAAUAGUAUAUUACAUAGUUUCCAGUUGGAAUAUAAGCGCUCGGAUGCUCCUAAUUUUGUUUCUGUGUGUAUUACUAUGAAGGAGUAUGAAAAUGCUGGUCGAUCAUAUGUCUUCAAGAACUUACAGCCUGGUGUUUACCAAUACAAAAUCCAAGCUGUUUCUUUGUACAAACCUGGGCCAUUCACUACUGUGAAAGAGUUUAAUCUUCCAUAUCCAGACUCAUUUAAUAGUUGGAACCUUAUUCUCAUUAUUUUCAUUUGUGGUUGUAUAUUAAUUGUAUUAACUAUAUAUUAUAUUCGUACACACUUUAGUCGUAAGAUUUUGGAACGUAAUACUAUGUUUAAUUUAGCCAAUAAUCCUGGUUAUGUCGGUAUAUAUGUUGAGGAUGAAUUUGAGUUGCCUCGAGAGGAUGUGAUUAUACAAAAAAUACUUGGUAGGGGGACAUUUGGCACAGUUCACGAAGGUCUGCUAAUGCCCGAUUCUAUACCAUGUGCUGUAAAGUCUGUAAGCAAGACAAACUUUUUGAGAUACCAUGCAGAGUUCUUAAACGAAGCAGCCAUAAUGAAGAAGUUCAGCGAAGCAUACCAUAUAGUGAGAUUGCUCGGUGUGGUGACUAAGACCCAUCCACCACUACUGGUAAUGGAGCUCAUGGGCCGUGGUGAUUUGAAAAGUGUAUUGGUAAAGUGCAAGAAUUCCGAUGAUCCACCUCCACCCAACAGGUAUACCAUCAUUCGUAUGGCUGCACAAAUAGCUGAUGGUAUGGCAUUCCUAGAAUAUAAUAAAUUUAUUCAUCGUGAUUUAGCAGCCCGAAAUUGUAUGGUGGCUAAUGAUAUGACAGUGAAAAUUGGUGAUUUCGGUAUGAGUCGACAAAUAUAUAAUGGUGACUAUUAUCGUAAAGGAAAUAAAGGUGAAAUGCCUAUACGGUGGAUGGCUCCCGAGAGCCUUAGUGAAGGUAUAUUUACCAGUCAAUCAGAUGUCUGGAGUUACGGGGUUGUGAUCUGGGAAAUGAUGACGCUGGGAGCACAACCCUAUUCAGAAAAGAGCAACAAUGAAGUCAUGGCGCACGUGCUUGACGGCAACUUACUUAACUUGCCGAUAUUUUGUCCUGAUGUGUUAGCUGGUAUCGUUAGACUAUGUUGGAAUUGGACUGCUUCUCAACGACCAAGGUUCCUAAAAAUAGUUGAAACACUUGAUGUUUAUCUGGAGGAUGAUUUCAGAUCAGUUUCGUUUUAUCAUACACGUGGUUUACACAACGAAUCACCUGCUGAUCAAUCGCUGAUGUCACCAUGUACUACGUACGAAGAAGAUGUAGAUAACGAAAGUAUUUCUUUCGAAGGCGGUGACACUGUUGCUGUAUAUAGUGCGUUCCAUGUAGACAAAAAUAAAAUGAGUAAUGGCCAUUUAUCGCCAAUGUAAAUCUUAGGGUCAAAAAUAUUUAAGUGAAAAUCAACGUUACCAGUAAAGUCUAUUUAAAAAAAUAAGUGUUUUUUUUUGUUUUCUUUAUAAAUAUUGUAUAAGCGGUCUAAACUUGUCAUCUGGGUAACCGUUUUUGUAGACUAUUAUUAUUUCGUUGUUAACUUUUUUUUAUAUAAUUUAAUAUUUUGAUGUUUAUGUUCUAAUUUUAUUAAGAAUUAAAAUUACAUAAUUUUUUUUUUCAUACCACCUCACAUGUAUAAACAUAUUGUUCUAGUUUCUAGUCAGCGUGUGGAAAUCUUGUUUCUCCACCGUCUGUUUUUUCAUUUUAUUAUUAUUUUAUUUUAUUUUAGAUUUUUACAUGUCAUUAUAAAACUAAAAAAAAUUAAAUAUAUAUUGCCAUAUAA